AUGUCACCCUCAUGUUUUUUUACCCAAUGCGCAGCUGCAUCCUCCAGAUCCUUGGUUUUCAACGAACUCACCCUCCACAUUCAUCGCAGAUUCCGGCAGCAGGGCAUCAUGUCCGACCUUGAUGAAGCCAUUGAGCUCAAUUGUGCUGCAUUACUCCUCUGUCCCCCCAGAAAUUCAGAUCGAUCCAUGUCUCUCAACAAUCUUGCAAAUAGCCUUAUGGACAGAUUCGAGCAGCGGGACAUCAUGUCUGACAUUGAUGAGGCCAUCGAGCUCCAUCGUGCUGCAUUAGUCCUCCAUCCCCCCGGUCAUUCAGAUCAAUCUAUAUCUCUGAACAAUCUUGCACUCUGCCUUCAACACAGAUUCGAGCAGCGGGACAUCAUUUCUGACCUUGAUGAGGCCAUUGAGCUCCAUCAAGCUGCAUUACUCCUCCACCCCUCCGACAGAUUCCUGCAGCGGGGCAUCAUGUCUGACCUUGAUGAGGCCAUCGAGCUCCAUCAUGAGGCAUUGCUCCUACUUCCCCCUGGUCAUUUAGAUCGAUCCAUAUCUCUGAACAAUCUUGCAAACAGCCUUGCAGCCAGAUUCCGGCAGUGGGGCAUCAUGUCUGACCUUGAUGAGGCCAUCGAGCUCCAUUGUGCUGCAUUACUCCUCCGUCCCCCCAGUCAUUCAGAUCGAUGGAUGUCUCUGAACAAUCUUGCAGAUGGCCUUUUGCAGAGAUUUGGGCAGUGGGGCAUCAUGUCUGACAUUGAUCUAGCCAUUGACCUCUAUCAUCGAUCGAGCCUUCGAGACAGAUUCCUGCAGUGGGGCAUCAUGCCUGAUCUUGAUGAGGCCAUCGAGCUCUAUCAUGCUGCAUUAGUCCUCUAUCUCCUCGGUCAUUCAGAACGAUCCUCGUCUCUGAGGAAUCUUGCACUCAGCCUUCAAGACAGAUUCCGGGAAUGGGGUGUUCAGUCUGACUAUGACGAAGCAUUUAGCUUGUACUCUCAACUCUCCCACCUGUCCCAUGCAGCAUCUCCCACACAUCUUGAUGCUGCCAAGUCAUGGGCGGCCUCUGCCUACGUCCUUAAUCACCCGUCUGCAUUGCUUGCUUAUCAGGUUGCCCUCAAAUUCUUAGACCAGCGAGUUGCUCUUCUGUCGUCCUCUUCCCAUCACUUCAAUGUCGUCAGGGAGGCUGUUUCUUCCCUCGCCACGGAUGCUUUUUUGUGCAGUGUUCGUCAUGGUGAGCUGACCACUGCGGUGGAGCUGGUGGAGCAAGGUCAUGCAGUAUUCUGGACCCAGUUGGCAUGCUUCAGCACACCACUCGAUGAACUUUCUCAUUCAGGUGACAUUGGCAAGGCCUUGGCAGAAGAGUUCAAACGGUUGAGUUUUUACCUUCAUAACGCGUUUGAUCAGUCCACUGAAGACCAGUUUCCGCAAAUCCGACAACUGACCAUGCAAUGGGAUGAUGUCGUCGCACACAUUCGCAUGCUCCCCGACUUUCCACGCUUUCUUCUGCCUCCACUGUUUUCUGACCUCCAGAAGGCGGCUGAGGAUGGUCCAGUUAUCGUCGUUAAUGCAAGUCAGUAUGGCUGCGAUGCCUUGAUUGUCCAUAAUGCGGAAGAUCCAGUCCAUGUUCCGCUUGACAUCACACAAGCUGAAGUGUCUGAAUUGUCCUCCAACUUCCACAAACUCGCAGAGCAGUUUGGUUCUUCUGAUAAUCAACUCAAGCUUGUCGGUGUACUUCGCAAGCUUUGGAAUGAUGUUGUUGACCCCAUCGUCCAAGCUCUCAGGGAGUCAAAUGUUUGCCCUGGUUCGCAUAUAUGGUGGUGUCCCACUGUGGAGUUCACGUUGCUUCCCCUCCAUGCAGCAGGACCAUACGAGCUGAAGAAAAAAAAUAUGUCUGACAUCUACAUCUCAUCUUACACCCCCACUUUGACGACUCUCAUUCCCAACCCGGCACAUGGGAGGGAGCUCAAAUGUGUCGCUUCUGAGCUAGCCGCCGUUGCUGAGCAUGUUCCUCCCACCGUCUCCUUCACAUCCCUCGAGGGUGCUGAAGCGACAGUCAAGAAUGCACUCGAUGCGCUCAAUCAUAAUCAGUGGCUCCAUCUUGCCUGCCAUGGAAUGCCGAAUCAGACACAACCAUUUGACUCUUCCUUCGCCAUGCGCAACGGGCCUUUAAUGAUCAAGGACAUCAUCCGAUCCAACUGGCAGAACCCCCAGUUUGCAUUCUUAUCAGCCUGCCACACUACCGUUGGCGACGAGAAGAGACCUGAUGAGUCGAUCCAUCUCGCUGCAGCCAUGCAGUUCUGCGGAUUUUUCAGUGUGAUCGGUUCCAUGUGGUCUGUUGAGGAUGAGGUUGCACGCCAGGUCGUGUCCACUUUUUACCAGAACCUCAUUGAUGAUUCGAAAAGAUUGGACUGCACACGUGCUGCAGUAGCGCUACACACAUCAGUGAAUUGGUGA